AUGGCCGAUCCCAUAAGCCUCGGCGUGGCAGUCACUGGUGUGGGAAUUGCAGGGGCCACCCUCGCGCUUCAAGGUGCCAGCUCAGCUUGUUCAGCCUACAAAGUCUACCACCUCAAGCGCAAAGAAAAGAAGCAGGGGCCCGCCGCCGUACAGAACACAGUCGCUGCAACUCAACCGGCAGUUGUCCCCGCGCAGAACACAGUCGUCCCCUUCGGACAAGUACCGCCAGAAGUGACAUCGUACAACUAUGGUGGCAGCAGCAGCCUCAACACCAUACCAAACGGUAUGUUAACGAACGGUAUCAACGGUGGAAACUUCGCGUGGGGAACGAUCCGGACAACAGAAUCAGUGUGCGUUGAAAAUGGGAGGCCUGUCUCCUGGGAGAACAAAGUCGAGCUCAUCCAGUCGGCACAACAUCCACCAAUCCAAUCCUUGACACCAGCUGGCGCCCUCUCUGAAACGACGCAAUUUGCUUAUCCCGCCGCCUCGCAACCACAACAGUUGUCGCUUCCAAUGUACAACUCGGGGUCCAAAAUCUCCCCAGUGCAGGAGAUAGGGCCACCACCAGCGUACGAGACCACAUUCGUCUCGGUGCCUCGCAAGCGGGAUCGUUUCAGGCUGUGA